GCACCUGUCCUCUUUUCUUUUAUUUACCUGGCCAAUUAAUGACCACCCAAACAUUUCUUCAAACAAAAAUUUUCCUCGUUUUCCUCAACUACUUUUCUCCAACUUAUAUUUUAGUAGCCACCCCCAAUUGUCAAUCAUUUCUUUUAUUUUAUAUUUAUUUAUUUAGUUGUUUAGUCAAUAUUGUGUUUUUAAAAUAUUAAGGGAAAUAAUUUAAUAAAUAAGAAAAUAUUUUUUAAAAAUUUUUGAUCGAAAUUACAAAAAUUUUUAACUUUUCUAAUCCAAACAGCUCAAAUUUCCCUCAAUCUUCGUCCUUUUUCUCCCUCUCCUUCCCAGAAUUCGCUGAAAGAAAUUCCUCGUGGACCAAGCUUAAAUUCUUAUUUUAUUAAAAUCCUCUCU